AUGAAACGAGAAAAGUCUCAUGCUUUUAGAAUGGUUUUGGCGAUAAUCAGUGUGGUUUUUGGUUUACUUUUGAUAUCUUCCUUUCUUACCCUUUGUUGGAAAAGAAAAUCAAAAAGUAAACCAUCAUCCAUACCAUUAAUUGGUGACAAGUUCAUAAAGCUUUCCUACAAAGAGCUCUUCCAAGCAACUGGAGGAUUUUCUUCAACUAAUUUCAUAGGUUCCAGAAGUUUUGGCUCUGUAUACAAAGGGAUUAUCAACCAAGAUGAAACCCUUGUCACAGUCAAGGUACUCAACCUUCAAAAUCCAAGAGUUUACAAGAGCUUUAUGGCUAAAUGCAAAGCAUUAAGAAAUAUUCGGCAUCGAAAUCUUGUCAAGAUUUUAACUUUAUGUUCAAGUCUUGAUUCCAAAGGCGAAGAAUUCAAAGCCCUUGUUUAUGAGUUUAUGCCCAAUGGGAGUUUAUAUGAUUGGUUGUAUCUGCCGAUGGAGGCACAUGAUCACUCAAGGAAUUUAAGCCUUCUUCAAAGACUAAACAUCGCAAUUGAUGUGGCUUCUGCAUUGGAUUACCGUCAUUAUCAUUGUUAUGGGACAAUUGUUCAUUGUGACUUGAAGCCAAGCAAUGUUCUACUUGACAGUAAUAUGACUGCACAUGUUAGUGAUUUUGGUUUGGGGAGACUACUUUUAGAACCUAAUGACAAUUCCUCCCAAACUCAAACUAGUACCAUUGGGAUAAAAGGAUCUAUUGGCUAUACUGCCCCAGGUUCAAGAUCAAUUGUUUGA